ACAUUUUUACUUUGAUAAUAUACAAAUUUCAAAGAAACACACAAAGCUACUAUCUCAUCUUUUUCCCCCAAUUUCACCUUCUUUUCAAAGCCAUUUAUCAGAUUCCUCUUCGUACUUAUUUUUCCUUUCUUUUCCUUUAAAAUCUCCAUUGGACUAUACAAAUUUCAAGCUCAAAAACCCAUCUCUAAAAGUUUUCAUUUCUUUUUUUAUUUUUUUGGGCUUGGUUUUAUUGCUUUUAUAUUGUUUUUUUUUUUGGUUUAUUGGACUGAUAAAAAUGAAAUAAAAACUCUUCUGGGUACCCUUUUUUUUUUCAUUUUGCUUUGUUUUGCAAAUUAAACAAGCUUUCUGGGUUGUUUCAGAAUACCUUUAAUGUCCUUAAGUCAUAUAAAGCUUGAAGGAACCAAUCAAAUUUAUAUAAAAAAAAGUUUCAAUUUUUAGUCAAUAAUAGUUUUUUCCCCGACUCUUGUUAUUUUCAACUAUUUUCAUUUCUCUAAUUUAUUUUCUUCCCUUGUGCAAAAGAGAAAGACAUGGGCAAGCAAGGGCCUUGCUAUCAUUGUGGAGUUACAAGCACUCCUCUUUGGCGCAAUGGACCUCCUGAGAAGCCGGUAUUGUGCAAUGCUUGCGGAUCACGCUGGAGGACUAAAGGGACACUAGCAAACUAUACCCCACUUCAUGCCCGGGCUGAACCUGAUGAUUAUGAGGAUAAUAGAGCUUCCAGAGUGAAGAGCAUAUCUAUAAAUAAGAACAAAGAAGUGAAAUUUCUGAAAAGAAAGCCAAAUCAUGAUACAGUGGUAGUUGCCCCUGAUUACAACCAGGGUUUCUGUAAGUUUGUGGACGAUGAUACAAGUAAUAGGUCCAGUUCUGGAUCAGCCAUAUCUAAUUCCGAAAGCUGUGCCCAAUUUGGUGGUGCAGAUGCUAGUGACUUGACAGGGCCUGCUCAACCUAAUGUGUGGGACUCAAUGGUACCUUCUAAGAAAAGAACAUGCAUAAAUCGUCUAAAGCCAUCUCCAGUGGAGAAACUUACAAAAGAUCUAUGUACUAUUUUACACGAACAGCAGUCUUCAUAUUUCUCUGGAUCUUCUGAGGAGGAUUUGCUUCUCGAGAGUCAAAUACCAAUGGUUUCUUUUGAAUUUGGACAUGGAAGUGUUCUAAUUAGACAUCCAAGCUCAAUAGCUCGAGAAGAGGAAUCAGAAGCUAGCUCUCUUUCAGUUGAAAACAAGCAAUACUCAGUGAACGAGGCUUAUUCACAUUGUUCAAGCUUCCCAACAUGUAAUGAUAACAAGGGCUUCAAAAUUUCGGGACAUGGAAUUGAAAAGGCUAAGACAGCUAGACAAGGGAUGGAGCAUGAGCAGCUUAGGAGGGACAAGAUUCAACAUGAAAAAUCAGUAAUGCUUGAAAGCCACAAUUCACCACUGUGUAAAAUAGAUUUGAAUGAUGUUCUCAACUUUAAGGAGUUUAUGAAACAUUUAACAAAUGAGGAGCAGCAGCAGCUGCUGCAGUAUCUGCCUCCACUUGACUUUUCCAAAUUCCCGGAUAGUCUCGAGAACAUGUUUGAAAGCCCUCAAUUCAAGGAGAACUUAUGUUACUUUCAGAAACUUCUUGAGGAAGGGGUCUUUAAGAUCUCCGUCCCUGGGGUGAAAGCUGAAGACUGUAAGACUUUGAAAAGACUUGUCUUAUUCAAUUUGACGAAAUCCCACUGGGUGGAACACCGUCAUGUACUUAAGAAAUGUAAAAGUAGUAUUGGAGGAUGUGCAACUGCUAGAGAACCAAAUGCCACCGCAUUGAAUAAUUUGGCAACCAUGAAGAGAUCACGUGACAGCCAAUGUCAAAAUUUUCCAGAAGCAAGGAAUUUAAAUAGCCCCAAAAGGGUAAUAGUGAAGGCUACUUGUGAAAACAAAGAACUCAUAGACAAUGAUGGUUCUUGCUUUAGUCCAGGAAGCCUAUUAACCUUGCCACAUGAUGGUAGCUCUCCUGUGCUUGAUUCUCUCCAUUAUGUUGAUGAAAGCUCUGACCAAGAUUUGCUGCUGGAUGUACCAUCCAAUGGUUCGUUCCCACUCGCGGAACUACUUCAUCCGUGACUCUGGGCAACAGGCAAGCACUAGUUGUAGCUAAGAGCACGCACACACAUGUCCAUCCCUAGACACGGUUGUUCUUUACUAGAACCAUAUAAAGGUCUCCUCCAGCAAGAUCCCCAGAGCAGUAUUGACAUGUUUUGCAUUCGGAAGACUGCAUUCUGUGAAUGAGCUUUGAUAGUUUUUUUCCCCUUGACCUGUUCAAACUUGGAAUGCUAAGGGAUGAAUUUUGGGUGCUUUUUUUCCAUACAGGUUGACAACAUAUUGUAAUAUAUAGAAGCUUAUAAAGUGCAGAAGAGGGGGCAAUAUCCAGGGUUUUGUAUGCAAAUGUUGUCUGCCUACAAACAUAAACUUUAUAUAACCCCUUUGGUUUGGUUUUGCUGAGUGAAGAAAGAAAAUAAAAUGAAAAAAGAAGAGAAAAUAGCUUUAUAGAUAGAUGCAAAGGAAUCACCAUUGAAUAUUGCCUCCUACUUAAACCGUAUGCUUGAACCCCAACGGUAUCCAUUGCUACUCCUACGACACUACACUAUUAUUGUGGUUUGAAUAGUAGCCAUUAACCAAGCAUUACUUUAUGUCAAUUGCAAAACAAAGAACAUAGUUCAUACAAAAAUCCAAACUCAAAUGGGACAUCGGAGGAGAGGGUUAUUUAUUCUACUACAAAAAACCCUCUCCAUUUCAGACAUAGCACAAGACAAUUAAUUGUCAUUGCAAAGUUCCUUGGCAGACUUGAGCCUUCUCUUCCUCAACCUUUCUGAUAUGGCAAAGGCUAGCUCUAAUGAUUGCGACGCAUUUAAUCUUGGGUCACAAUGUGUGUGAUACCGAGAGUUCAAGUCAUCAAAAGUGACAGUGUUUGACCCUCCGAUGCACUCUGUUACG